CAUAUUCUAUGGACGAUAACUCUCCCACUUGAGUUUUGAGUUUUAUGAAGCAGUGUGAUGGUUAAUGGUAUGCUGCAAAACAGCAUCAAGAAUAUCAAAUAUAAAGGGGAUCUUUUGCUAUAGUGAUGCAUUGAUGGUUUUCACUAAACUAGUCCAUAAGUAGGGAGUGCCCGCUGAUGCAACGGCUUAUGGUUGUCUAGAGUUGUUUUUCAUGCACAUAGAUGUUUUCUAGACAAACACUGCUUCGACGCUUGGUCUCGGGAAAUAAUUAGCUUGUUCAUUGUGUGCAGAAGUUUGAAUUUCUGCCUUGAAGAGGAACUGACGUUAGCUAAAGCAGGUCAAUCAGAGAGAGAGAGAGAGAAGAGAGAGAGUGAGAGCGAGCGAGCGAGCUAACGCUAGAGCAGCCGCACUGUCUGCUAGCACUGCAGCCGUAUGUGCUUUUAUCUGCCUCCAAUGCUAAACUUCACUUAUUAACGCGACUGGGGGAAAUAUAAUGCAUUCGAUGCACAUUUUUGAGUGUUCGUAACUCUAUAUUGCCAGUUGGGGGGAGUUUGCAUCAGUGCAGGACGGUGUUAUUUGUUUCAGAUCAGAGCAGUUGAGCUGAGUUAGCUUAGCUAUAGCGAGCAGCCAGCGAGCCCAAGUUCCUUCAAGCUCCUUUGCGUUUCGCUGUCAAGAUGCCUGCGAUGUUGGAGAAGGGCACCGCUGAGAUAUCGGGUAAAAGAAGGGGCAGAAACUCUGUGAAUAAUCCGGCCAAAAGUUUUACUUCAAAUGGGAACAGCAACCAUUCAUGGGAGGAAGGAAGUUCGGGUUCCUCAAGUGAUGACGAGCAUGGUGCAGGCGGGAUGCGAGUUGGACCGCAGUAUCAGGCAGUUGUUCCUGAUUAUGAUCCUGAGGUAGCAAAGGCAAGCCAAGAGAGAGAUAAUCUGGGAAUGCUGGUGUGGCUUCCAAAUCCAAGUAUACCAGAGGCCAAAUUGGAUGAGUACAUUGCAAUAGCCAAAGAAAAACAUGGGUACAAUAUGGAGCAGGCAUUGGGCAUGCUGUUUUGGCACAAACACAACAUUGAAAAAUCUUUGGCAGAUCUCCCCAACUUCACCCCUUUUCCAGAUGAGUGGACAGUUGAAGACAAGGUGCUGUUUGAACAGGGUUUCAGCUUUCAUGGGAAGACGUUUCACCGCAUCCAGCAGAUGCUUCCAGACAAGUCAAUUGCAAGCUUGGUUAGAUUCUAUUACUCGUGGAAGAAAACGCGCAGUAAAACGAGUGUGAUGGACCGCCAUGCGCGCAAACAGAAGAGAGACAGAGAGGAGAGUGAUGAUGGAGAAGAAAAUAGUUGCAUCUCUCCAGGGGAUGCAGAAUUGGAGCCAAAUAAGGAUGAGAAGAAAGAGCCAGCAAAUCUUGCAGAAAAGUCAAUGCAUGUUAAGAAAGAAGUACAGGGACUUGCUGGGAGGAACCUACACAGGGCAAAGAAGAAACCUCCUAAAGGAAUGCAUUUAAACUCCGAUGAUGUGGCGGCAAUGUCAGGCAGUGGCCCGGCUGCAGUUAGUGUUCUGAGACGGCUGGAUAUGGAGGUCAUUGCCAUAAAACGACAGAUUCAGAGCACUAAACAGCACAAUAGUGCCCUCAGAGAAAAGCUGGACACAGGUGUGGAAGAGUUUAGGCCAUCUGAGGCUAAUCAGAAAUUUAAUACCCGCUGGACCACAGAAGAGCAGCUGCUUGCAGUACAAGCUAUAAGGAAGUACGGGCGGGAUUUCCAAGCCAUUUCUGAUGUGAUCGGCAACAAGUCAGUGGUUCAAGUGAAAAACUUCUUUGUGAAUUACCGGCGUCGCUUCAACCUGGACGAGGUACUGCAGGAAUGGGAAGCUGAGCACGGCGUGGAGGGACGGAAGGGUUUAGAUGAAGAGAAGAUGGAGGUGUCUUCCGAAGAGGGAACCACCCCGGGGCCUUCAGAAAACCAGGCAGAGGAACCAACGGCAAUGGAAACACAGAACCCUUCAGUUUCCUGAGUUCUCCAACAGCGGUCAGACGAGCUCAGAUCAGUUAAUAUCGCAGCUGUGCGUAAGAGGCAUUAAGGCUUCAGUUGCCUCAAGUGAAGCCUCUUCGUAAUGGACAUUCCUCCCCCAUCCCUGUCCCUCCAACUCCCACCCCCCUAUUGAACCCAGGACUCUCACAGGAGCUACCGCAUAGGAGCGCAAACUUCACCAAGCUACUCUACGGAA